UGGCGCGGGACUUCGGACGCGGAGGGGCCGGGCUGCGAGGCUGGGCCGCGCUCCGGAGUCGCUUCGCUUGCACUCUCGCAGGCUGCUUCUGGAGCCUCGAGCCGGGCCCCGUCAGGAGCCCUCCUGCAGCCCGCUCGCCCCCCGCCGGCGUCGCUGUCUGCCCCCAGCCCCUGUCCAGCGGAUCCAGGCCGCGGAUUCGGCCCUCCCACCCACCUCCCGUCGGAGGCCGGCGGGGGCCCUCUCAGGUCCGGGGCGGCGGCUGUUACCAUGGUGAAGCUGGCAGCCAAGUGCAUCCUGGCCGGAGACCCCGCGGUGGGCAAGACCGCCCUGGCCCAGACCCUCCGCAGUGACGGGGCCCACUUCCAGAAGAACUACACCCUGACGACGGGCGUGGACUUGGUGGUGAAGACAGUGCCGGUUCCCGACACCGGCGACAGCGUGGAGCUCUUCAUCUUCGACUCUGCGGGCAAGGAGCUGUUCUCGGACAUGCUGGAUAAGCUGUGGGAGAGUCCCGACGUCCUGUGCCUGGUGUACGACGUGACCAGCGAGCAGUCAUUCAACAGCUGCGGCCGGUGGCUGGAGAAGGCACGCUCCCUGGCCCCUGGCGUCUCCCUCCCAGGUGUGUUGGUGGGGAAUAAGACAGACCUGGCCAGCAGACGAGCCGUGGACCCCGCCCAGGCCCAGGCGUGGGCACUGAGCCAAGGCCUGGAGUGUCUGGAGACCUCCGUGAAGGAGCAGGAGAACUACGAGGCCCCGUUCCACUGCCUGGCCCAGCAGUUCCACCGCCUGUACCGGGAGAAGGUGGAGAUCUUCCGGGCGUUGGUGUGAGGGCCGGCGGACGGUGCAGCCGGCCGGGCAGUGCUGCCGGGCAUCCCGCAGUGGGCUCGGCUCCGUGGAAGGCACGAGAACGGCGGACUCGCCUCCUGCACUGCCAGAGCAUCCCGACAGCUUUCAAUAAAGGGAGCAGAGAA